AUGUCACAGGCUGAGAAUGUCGAUAAUGGACAGAAGAGUCCGAAUGAUACCAACAAUGGCUUCAUGCAAGCCGUAAAAAGACACAUACCGACCAAGGAGGACCUUGGGAAGUGCUUUUCAUACAUCCAGCUGCUCUUUUCGCUCGAUUACACAAUGACAGAUGUGUUUCUCAUAAUCUGUGGUACGAUAUUUGCGAUUGCUGGCGGAGUUCCUUUCCCAUUGCUCGGCAUUGUCUUUGGUGAUUUGAUCAACGACCUCAACACCGUCACUUGCUCGGCGUCAGCGGACGCCACAACCGAGCUUUCGGACAGUGUGACCACGAAGGUGUUGUAUGUGAUAUACAUCACUAUCGCGAAUUUCUGUUUCAUAUACAUCCACACGUCAUGCUGGUGCACGGUAAGCGAACGGCUCGCGCGCCGUUAUCGUAGGAGGUAUUUCGAGAGUAUAAUCAAGCAGGAGGCAAACUUCAUCGAGACUCUCCCCUCCGGUGACAUUAUCUCGCGCCUGGUCAGCGAUGUUGAGGUAAUUCAGUCGGGGACCUCGGAGAAGGUAGGUCUGGUUAUAACUACUAUUUCAUACUUUGUGACCGCCUAUAUCGUGGCGUUCAUCAAAGUGCCAAAAAUCGCGGGAAUGCUGAUCUCGGUGGUUCCUUGCUUCAUGGUCAUGUCAUUGCUUGGAGGCCAUUAUAUCAAGAAGUAUGCAGGCCGUAUAACCGAAAACAUUGGCUCAGCGACAUCCAUCGCCUCAUCCAGCUUGUCGCACUUGACGCUAGUCCAUGCGUUCAAUGCCAACGAUCGCCUGGAGGCGCGAUUCGCCUCGUAUCUCUCAGCGACUCACAUGGACGCCUUGAAGAAAGCCUGCACGCAUGCUGCGCAGCUUGGUUUCCUUUAUUUCGUUGCUUACUCCGCAAACGCACUGGCUUUCUGGGAAGGCGCUCAGAUGAUCGCCCACUCCGUGGCCAAUGAAAACUCAGGCGUAUCUGUGGGUGCUGUGUAUACAGUAAUCUUUGUCCUCAUCGAUGCCUCUUUCAUUCUGAGUCAGGUUGCGCCCUUUAUCCAUGUUUUUGCUUCCGCAGCUGGUGCUUCGCAAAGACUUCUGGCGGUCAUCAACCGGAAGUCUGCUAUUGAUGGAACGUCGGACGAGGGUGACAAGUCGGCGGCUUUCGGCGAGGAGGAUAUCGAGUUUCACGAUGUCCACUUCACGUACCCAUCUCGUCCGGAUGUUCCUGUGCUGCAGGGCAUGAGCUUCGUCAUCCCACCUAAGAAACAUACUGCCAUUGUUGGACCCUCUGGUGGUGGAAAGUCGACGGUUGUCUCUCUUUUGGAGAGAUUUUAUGAUCCGAAAUCCGGGUAUGUGGCCAUUGGUGGGACGAAGUUCCGAGAUAUCAAUGUCCGCUACUUGCGUGGAAAUAUCGGUUUCGUUCAACAAGAACCAUCUUUACUGGACCGCUCGAUCCUUGAAAACAUUGCAUACGGCCUUGUUUCUUCGGCACAUGCUAGGCAUCAAGAACUGGCACCAUUUAUUAUGGAUGCCAGCCUACCGGAACUCGCGGAGAAAAUUAGAGGUGGAGUGUCCGAGAAAGAUGCCCUCUCUGCUUGUGACAGUCACGUAGCCGAGAUUGUUGAUCUGGUGAAAAAGGCCGCUGCUACAUCCAACGCGUUGAAUUUUAUUGAAGGCCUGCCUCAUGGACUCUCGACCAGUGUCGGGACGGCGGGAAAUCAGCUGAGUGGAGGUCAGAAACAACGGAUUGCACUGGCUCGCGCUUUGGUGCGAGAGCCAACCCUGCUAAUCCUGGACGAAGCGACGGCCGCGCUUGAUUCCACCAGUGAGCAACUGAUACAGGCGGCGUUGGCUAAAGUAUCCGAACAUGUCACCACUGUGUCCAUUGCACACCGGCUAGCGACUGCCAAAGAUGCUCAUAAGAUUGUAGUGGUCCAGAGUGGCCGGGUUACCGAGGAAGGUUCCCACUCGGAACUUGUCGCGCAUGGCGGCGUCUAUGCAGAUAUGGUGCGUCUUCAGAACCUCGGGAAGCUGAAUGCUGAAGAUGCUGUGAUUUCGGAAGAUGCAAUCAGCGAUGCACCCCGCGGAAAUUAUUCCACUUCAGGAAGCGUUCAGGCCGUUGACGAGAAGGAAGGUGGUCUUGUUGGUACCGGCGGAUCAGACGUCACGGAGGAGACAGUCGUAGCUGAGACGCCGCUUGGGUCCAAAGAUGGCAGUGAGAAAGAAAAGAAAAAGAAGCGAUCGGGAUGGUUUACUACUAAGUACACUUUCUCUCUCAUGCGACCGAACUUGCCAUUGAUCUUAAUCGGGCUGGUCAUGUCUUGCAUUAUCGGUGGUUCCUACUCCGCCGAAGCAAUCGUUUUCGGUCAUACUGUAGGAAGUUUGAACCCUUGCAAUGGUGCGGAUGCUAUCAGCCACAAUGGCAACCUUUACGGUUUGCUUUUCUUCAUCCUUGCCCUCGUCGAACUCACUGCCAAUGUCGUUGGUGGCGCUGUUUUCGGCUGGGCGGCCGAUAAGAUUUUAUAUCGCAUCCGGGUACUUUCCCUGCGGUCUCUCCUAGGCCAGACACAGCAAUGGCACGGUAUGGAUGAUCGCACACCAGGAACACUAAUCACCUAUAUCACUGGUGAUGCCUCGGCUCUCAGUGGAAUCACCGGCUCGACAAUCGGUCUUCUUUUGGCCACCGCUGUGAACCUGGUGGCUGGUCUGGUGAUCUCCUUUGCAAUCGCUUGGAAAAUCACGAUCGUCUUGUUCCCAACUAUUCCCGUGCUUUUGGUCGCCGGUAUGAUGAAGCUCCGGGUCCAGGCCAAGUUCGCUGAACGGCACCAAAAGGCUUUCGCUAAAGCCACGGCGAUUACUGUGGAAGCCGUUGAUAAUAUCCGUGCAGUAUCUGCCUUCUCCCUGGAGAAGCAGUCGUAUGAGGUGUUUGGCCGGGCGUUAAUACAGCCUUACCGAAACACUAUGAAAGCAAUCGUCCAUGGUAAUGUUUGGCUAGCGUUAGCGUUCAGUAUUAGUAACCUGGUCUAUGCGCUUGCAUACUGGUGGGGCUCGAAGCAGAUCGCCGCUGGCCUCUAUUCCCAGACUCAGUUCUUCAUCGUUCUACCGGCUUUGCUCUUUAGUACCCAGUCUUGUGGCCAAAUGUUUGCUUUGGCACCGGACAUUUCUAAGGCUCGAGUUGCAUCAUCAAACAUCGUCGAGCUACUCAAUACUCGUUCCGCAGAGGAGGAACUCACCCCUGGAUCAUCCUAUAGCUUCAAACCCUCUAGUAGCCUCCUCGAGGAGAAGGCGGCCAUGCAGGAUAUUGAAGCUGUGGAUGUUCCCCGUGGUCCACGCAAGCGGACGUCUGACAGUGCCAUUGGGGCUCAACUUCGGGGGGUUCAUUUCACCUAUCCGAAUCGACCAGAACGGCCCAUCUUGAAGGGGCUCGAUAUCAAUAUCAGACCAGGGCAGUUUUGUGCAUUGGUUGGUCCCAGUGGAUCGGGAAAGUCCACAACCUUCUCCAUGUUGGAGCGAUUCUACCGGCCUACAUCCGGAUCGGUCAUCAUUGACGGCGUGGAUGUCACGCGCCAGUUGGGGACAGAAUUCCGUGACGACAUCGCUCUGGUGCCUCAAGAGAACGUGCUUUUCGAAGGCACGGUGGCCUUCAACAUCGGGCUCGGGGCUUGCCCCGGCCACGAACCAACCCAGGAGGAGAUCGAGGAGGCCUGUCGCAUGGCCAACAUUCACGACGUGAUCAUGGGACUGCCUGAAGGAUACCAGACCAUGUGCAGCCAGGAUGGGAAGCAAUUUUCCGGUGGUCAACGCCAACGACUUUCUAUUGCACGAGCAUUGGUUCGGAAGCCACGUAUGUUGUUGUUGGAUGAAUCGACAAGUGCGCUAGAUGUUGAAUCUGAGAAACGGAUUCAGGAAGCGCUGGCUACUCUGGCUGGACGGACCACGAUCGUCGCAAUUGCUCACCGACUCAACACGAUUCAUCGUGCCGACCAGAUCUUCUUGAUUGAAGAGGGUCGGUGUGUGGAGCAGGGAACGCAUCAGGAGUUGAUCCAGCGGAGUGAGACAUACCGAACGAGUGUGAUCCACCAGUCGUUGGAGACUUGA